AUGAAAAUUUUUUUAAUUUCGUUAGUUACUAUUUUUUUAACCUUCCUCAUUAUUAACAUCAUAUUUGAAUAUAUUCAUAUAUUCAAUUUAAAAAAACAUAAAAAUAAAAAAAAUACAAAUAAUAAAAGACUAUUAAAAUUCUUUUUACACAUACAAAUACUAAAAGAAAUAAUAGUUAAUUCUUUUAUUAAUUUUUUUAUUAAAAUUAAAGUAAUAUUUCAUUGUAUAUAUAGAUAUGUGUCAUUUAAUAGAAAUAAAUAUAUUAGUAUUCCCAUGAGUGAAAAAGAUGAAAGCUUGAUAAAUAAAGAUAAUUGUGAAAUAAAAACAAUAUAUUUUAUCAGACAUAGUGAAUCUGUAUGGAAUAACACUUUCAAUAAAAAACUUACUUUUAAAACGUUUAUGAAUAUUUCUUUAGUAAUUUUUUAUGAAUUCAUAUUUUUAUUUAGUAAAAAAUCUGCGUUAAUAGAUGCCCCUUUAAGUACUAAUGGAAUAAUUCAGUCUCUUGAAUUAUCUAACUUUUUGCAAAAAGAAAAAAAAAAUAAAGAUGGAAGUAAACAGUGUGUUGUUCCUAUUAAUCAAAUAGAUAUAUCAGAAGAAAAUGCAAAAAAAUAUGAAAAUAGUUCAGAGAUGAUAAAAUUGCAACGUUGUGAUAAUAAGAAAAAUAAAACGUUUAAUAACAAUAAAGUUGCGGAAAGCAACGUUGAUAUGAAAAAUGUGAAUUUAAAAAAUAAUAAUGAUGAAUAUGAUCAUGAAGAAAUAAUUAAUCUAAGUAUAAAAGAACAUAUAGAUGUGCUGAAUAAAUUAAAAUAUAAUAGUGUUUUGUUAUGCUCAGAUUUAAGAAGAACCAUAUCCAGUUGUUUUAUUUCAUUUUAUAAUAGAAUAAAUAAGUUUAACGAAUCAAUUUAUGUUUUAAAUUCAUUACAAGAGAUAAGCAGGAAUCCAGAUUGUGUACCACUUCUUAGAUUUUUUAAUAAGUAUAUAACUACUGAUAUAGAAAAAUUUUUGCACAAAGAUGUAGAAAGAUUAUUUAAAAGAAAUUUAAAAAUUGCCAAUACAUAUUCCAAGAGUUAUUUUUUAGACACAUUAAAAUAUAUUUUUAAUAAUGAAAAUAAUAUUUUCAUAAUAUUUGGUCACAGUUUGUGGUUUUUAUUGUUUUUUAAUUACUUCUUAAAAAUUCCACAUAAAGCAAAAACUUAUAAGAUGCAAAAUUCAAGCAUAGUAGUAUUUAAUAUAAUGAAAUGUACUCAUGAAAAUAAGGUUAAUUAUGAAAUUGAAAAAAAUAGUAUUAGAGUUAUCUACAAAGGUUUUGAUGAAAAGUAA